AUGCGUAGCAUCUGGAAGGAGGAUGCCCACAGGCAUACAUUCAAACAUGUCCCAAGCACAGGUCAAGUAAGCUGUGUUGUGGGGGGGGAUGUGUAUGUGCUUGGUGGCCGUGCCAUGCCCACCAGCCUCGAGAACUGCAUAUGCAAGUACAAUUUAGAUCGCAGAAAAUGGGUGGCUGUGGAGGUCAUCGGUGAAAUGCCUGAUGGGUUCUGGUCAGGAGCGGUUGCGCUGGCUGUCGAUGACAUCAUCUAUGUGUACGGUGGACAUCGGGUCAGUUAUGGGUAUCAGGCUAGCAUGCACAAAUAUGAUAUUCGCACCCAGAUUUGGAGUGUAAUUCAAACUGGUGGCAUUGUACCAUCUCCUCGAGACAAACACGCAGGCGUGGUAUACGACGGUAAUCUGUACUACUUCGGGGGUUGGGGGCAGGUUACUAGUGGUUUUACCUGGGCAGGUGAGCUCUGGAAGUACGAUAUCAUUGCAAACAAAUGGAGCCUGGUGUGUACCAAAGGUCAGCCACCCAGUCCCAGAGCCGCACACACUAUGACUCUCAUGCCAGGAACCGAUGCACACGCAUACGUUAUUGGAGGCAGGUGUAAGGACGGCAGGAAUAACGAGGUAUAUAGACUGGAUAUGUCAAUCAUGCACUGGACGGGACCGUUAGUGGCCAAUACAGCUGUCAGCUCUUAUUCCCUUCGUAUUGCGCCGAGUGGGAAGGGCAGCGCGGAGACGGUUGCCAGGGAACCCACUACCAGGAAGCGUCUAGAAAUGAAUGGCAGUGCACCAGAACACGAAAGUAUACGCGACUACAGGAGGAGGAGUAUGGCUAUGAAUACCGUCGCUGAUAUAGUAAGGAGUAGUUCCCACGUAGGUGAGGUAGUACUCAAUGGUGCACACGUUAGUGACCCUGCAGGUGACAUGGUGGGCAAUGCAUCACACGAAAAGCCUUGUGGGCGGUCAUGGCACACCGCGCAGUAUUUAGACAGCCGGCGUAUCCUGGUACACGGUGGUAUGAGUAACGGGGUGGGGUUGGAAGUAGGUACGCCCCAACUGACUGUCAAUGGAGGACCCGGUCAUGCACUGGGUGAUACGUGGGUGUUUAAUGUAGGUACAUAUAAGUGGUCCUGUGUGGAAACAACGGGGCAGGCCAGGUUAUGGCACUCCUCGUGUGUGGAUAGAGACAAGGGCGAGGUUCUGUACUUCUCGGGACACUCGAACUUUGAGCAUGGUGUGCUGCGUGAUGUGACCAAUGAUGUGGUAGCACGCUUUCAGUACAUGCCUCUACCGCUGAGUAGAAUAGCAUCGGAUUUAGUGGCGAGCACCUUGAAUGCCCAGGCCAGGGGUACCUCCGGGAAAAUGGGUACGGACGGGAAUGUAAGAAGGAGUGCAGAGGAUGUACUGAGGGUGGAGGUGCGUCGGGGGAGCAUGUCAGCAAAGGCUGCUGUGCAGAUAAGCGAACGCAUUAAAGCGACGAGCGUAGAGGAACCACAGAGGCUCGUGUCUGUGAGUACUGGGCAUAUGCGCAGUGUAUGGGACGUGCGGCAUCGGCUGACGGUUUGA